CGACGCCCUGCCUCCCAUCUGCCCCCCCCGGUUGCCUUUGGGUUCUCUUGACGCCUCGGCCGCCUGGCUUCUGCUCUUGCCCGGCAUCGUCUCCGAGUCCAACUCGUCUUUCGGCCUCUAUCACAGCUCCUCGAUUCUCUCCAACAUGGUUCGUCUCCACUGGGCUGCUGGAGCCCUGGCCCUCCCAAUCCUGGCUCAGAUGGCCGCGGCUCAGGUCGUCCCUGCCUCGUCCGUCAAGCCCACAUCCGCGGUGGUCUCGUCGUCCACCACCGUGUCUUCAUCUGCUCCGGUUUCGAGCAGCUCCGCCACAACGACCACAACCACCACCACUACCACGACCGCCACCACAACCACCACGACUGCAUCCGUUACUGGUCAGCGAUCCACUGGUUCGGCCACCAGCAGCGCGACGGGCUCUCUCACCAGCGGCACCCUUCCGCCUAUUUCCACCAGCACCCCUGUAGCCUCCACCGGACCCAACCUCCCGGUCAUCAUCGGUUCCGUCGCCGGCGGCCUUGUGGGCUUGGCCGUCAUCGUCGCCCUCAUCAGCUGGAUCGUGCGUCGCAAUCGCGCCAAGGAGUCGGCCAAACAAACCUCGCUGACCAUGGAUGUCGAGCUCCCAGUCAGCAGCAACGCCUGGAAGCCCCUCGAGAACCAGGGCCAGUCCUAUGCCACGCCUUCGCAGAACCAGUACCAGUACAACAACGGUUAUGUCUCCCAGCGCGACACCCGAGAGUCCUACAUUGCCCCCGGCCGAGUCCCUGGCGCUGCUACUCUGAACGAUCAGGUUCCCCGCGACGAAUCUCCUCGCCGCUUCGCCUCGCUUAACCGCAAGCCCCAGAACAACACCCUGCCUGCCUAUACUACCAUCGAUCCCAGCUCCACGCGCACCACGAAGGACUACCGCACCGUGCGCCUCACCCGCCCUGCCGAGCAGCCCGACGAACUCGACAUCUCUGCUCACCAAGUUCUGCUUAUCCUCGAGGAGUACGAAGACGGCUGGGGUUAUGCCGAGACCGAGAAGGGCAAGAGAGGUGUGAUCCCCCUCAACUUCUUGACUUCCAAGGUUGAGCCCACCAAUGCCAAUGUCAGCGAAAACAUUCCCCCCGUCAUCCCGAUGCCGAUGCCGCCUGUGCAGUCCAGCAGCCCCGCGCCCGCGCUCCCUGCCGGUGUUGCCGACUACCGAAUCGUCUACGUUGGCCAUAACGCCACUCAGUCCGACGAGCUGACCAUCGUUCCCAACGAGCGUGUGCUCGUUCUUGAGCGAUACGUCGACGGAUGGGGUCUUGUCCAGAACGACCGUGGCCAGCGCGGCGUCGUUCCGCUGAACUUCCUCGCCUAAAUUCGCCCUUCCAUCGGCCUUUCCCUUACUCCUCCCGAUCGUCAUCGCAAUAUCGACGCACCUGCCUCCUUGCUCGGGACGAACCGUUUCCAGACCAGGGCUUGCUUGCACUUCGCGGCUCGGACCAUUCUCUGUCCGGGUGGUGUCGUCGAUUGCGAAACCCGUGACUUUGCACACUACCAGACCUCAGCUCUUCCUUUUGCCAUUUUAUAUUCGUUUCUAUUAUAACCCGACCCAAUCUUGUCCCUCUUCUAGAUCCAACCAACCAACCAUCUCUCCGUUGCCUUUCCGAUUCCAUGCCAUGCCUUGCCUGAUCGCGACCCCCCUUGCUCACUUGCAAUUGCUGCCUAUUUUGUUGUUAGAUUGUAUUACUGGCUGCUGCAGGGAGGGGGGGAGUGGAAGGUGAAUCGGCCUUGGUAUUGUUUCCGCCAACACCCAACACCCAACACCCA